ACAAAGAGUCCGAUGAUAUAGUGAAUUAGAGUCGGAAGUCGCUGAUCCGUCUCAGCGAUAUUAGUUAUUUCGUAUUUCCACUCCUUCCAUAGAAACAAUAGCUAUGAGUUAAUGAUUCCAACACCCCCCACACCCCCCAAAUCCACCUAGGGAUAGAGAGAAUGGCGAUGGUUGAUGAGCAGAUGCCAAUCUGGGAAGAAAUUGAUCGGGCCGAAAGUUAUCUCAUCUGCUGCAUGUUCGAUGAGGCAACAUCGUUGGCUUCCUCUAUUAUCAAACGGUUGCUCGAGAAUUACAGUAGCAGCUGCAAAGUUCAGGGGGAUAACGAAAAUGAAUGCGGUGAUAUGCUGGAAUCAGCCGGCAUGGUCGUUGUACAAUCCAUGAAGCAGUUGCAAAGGACGUCAGAAAUAGUGAAGGAGCUUAAACUCUUAGGUGUGCUUUCAAAUGUCGGAGAGCCCAUCAACUACUGUUCAAGGCUCUCUUGAGGAAUUCCUGAAAAACUGGAGAUUUGUGGAUAACAGAUAUUAUCCUGUAUUUAGUGCGGAGGGUAGUGCAUCUGACCCAGAAGGAUCUUGCUUUAGGUUUUCUAUCGGAGUUGAUGAGUAUUUAGAAGUUGUUGAGCUUUACGUGAUUACACUUCUUGCUAUGACUAAACAGGACACAGAUCAUGCUAUCUCCUGGGUGGAGAAAGCCAUGCUGCCCAUGGAAAAGCGUCAGGAGCUUUUGAGGCGAUUACGGUCGAUGAAUUCAUCUUUAGUCACCAGUUCAUCUCAAACUUCUACGUCUUCUCAGCUGCCUGACGGAUACAAGGGACAUUAUGAAGAUAUUGAAUCUGAAUAUGUUUCCUGUGGAGGGAAUACAGCAAAAGAAGAAAUCCUGAAAUUGUCUCGACAAAGAGUUCCACGUUUCUGGUGGUUUCCUAACAUCACUUUGAAGUUAGGCGACACUCGACUAGUUGUACCAAGUGGGAAAAUGCUGCUGGCAACUCUGCUGUUGCUUAUGUAUUAUUUCACCAGGAAAAAGCAUGCUGUUUUGAAGAGGGUUCUCGUGCAGAAAGCUCUCUCUGUGAAAAAAGCUCUGCUCGACUUGUGGCAGCUUGCGUUCUCAUACCAAGUAAACCCUCUAGCUGCUCUUCAACCACUCCCUACCGCAACGCAUGGAAGCCACUGACGGCACACUUUCAACUACUGGUUUAAUCUGUAUUGCUAGACGUAAGCCACGACUGCUGGAAGCAUUUAAACAUGAGAACGUACAAUUUGUCUGUUCAAUCUGAAUAUGCUGUAAGAGGACAAUGAAUUGCAUUUGGAGUUUGAUCUCAAUCUUCAUCCGUGUUUCGAGCUUUAACACGGCUACAACAUGAUUUGGCUGGAAUAUGCUUGAUAUGCCCUUUGCAGUGAAGUGUCUCCGUUGUAACAUACAGAUCAUUGUUAUGAAGCAUCUAUAUAUAUUGCUGUUCUGGCCUGGUCUCUACAAUUCUCAGUGUUUGGAAAUGAA